GUAAAGGAAAUACAGGAGUAAAUUUCAACCACUUUGAGAAAGUUAGUAUGGCUUCUGGUGACGAGAUACCAGCUAAAAAUCAAAAGGAACAAAGCAAAGAAGAGCAGGAGAAAGCCAAAGAUGGACAAUCAACAGAAGAUGGAGCAUCAGCUCCUGUGCCUUCAUAUGUAAAACAUCCAUUGCAAAAUAAAUGGGCUUUAUGGUUUUUCAAAAAUGAUAAGACAAAAUCCUGGCAAGAUAAUCUUCGCCUUGUAACUUCUUUUGAUACUGUCGAAGAUUUUUGGGGGGUAUAUAACCAUAUUCAAGCUGCUAGCAAAUUACAGUCUGGAUGUGAUUAUUCAUUGUUUAAGGAAGGAAUUGAGCCUAUGUGGGAAGAUGAGAGAAACAAGAAAGGAGGACGCUGGCUUGUAAACACACAGAAAAAUUUUAGGCAACAGGAGCUGGACAGAUUAUGGCUUGAAACAUUAAUGCUUCUCAUUGGAGAGUCUUUUGGUGAAUAUUCUGAGAAUGUAUGUGGAGCUGUAGUUCAAAUUCGUCAAAAGGGAGAUAAACUGGCCAUAUGGACUGGCAAUGCAUCAGAUCAAGAUGCCAACUUAAGUAUAGGGCGUAAAUUUAAAGAGCGUCUCAGUCUUCCUGCCAAGCUAGUUAUAGGUUAUCAGGCUCAUGAGGAUACUAUGACCAAGACAGGAUCAGUUACGAAAUCAAUGUUCACAUUAUGAUUAUUAAAGAACUGCUUAUAGACAAUGUCAGAAUAAUUAUCUGAUGUUUUAAGAAAACUUUAGGAUUUAUUCUAUUUAAGAGAGCUUGUAGGCUGUCAGAGCCAGAUUCCCUGCUCAUGAACACAAGGUUUACCUUCUGACUGUUGUGUGAAGGGAAAACACUAGACAAUGUAUGCAGCAUAAUUUAAUUAAACAAUGACUCCUUGGCCAUGUGGUGUGACUUAGCCGAAUUUUGCAUUUUAAAGAUGAACGAAUUCAUAGAUCAGGAGGAUACAAAGGAGAUCAUGAUGAUAACAAUAAGGUUAACCAGCUCAUUUUACUAUAAUCAGUGUCCUUUCUCCAUACAACAGUCAGAUAUAAGUUGUGAAGACUUAAGCUCUUAAGCUCUUAAAGGCUCAUGAUGUGAGAGAUAAAAAUGAGGUUUGUUAUCGUACAGUGUAUACUGUACAGUUUCUAAGAAGUUAUGAUUAUGUGCAGACACAAAAGGAUCAAGUUUUGUGUCUCAUUUUGUGCAUUCAUGGUCCCCAUUUGUGCUGUCACUAACUCCCUGAUUUUAUGAAAUCUACAUGAUUGUAUGUGCAGUUCUUUGGCAAUUUGUACUCAGAGAUGUUCUUUAGUUUACAAAAUGCCAGUGGACUGGUAUCUUCAUUUGCUAGUAAAUGCAGCUUUUUUGCAUGUACACUAUCUUAAUUUAUCACAAGUCUAACAAUGUUUAGUGGUUCAUGUUGUAUCAUGUAUUGUAGUUGGUAGUUACAGUCAACAAAAUGCGCAAAAGUGCUUGUUAGCUUCUGAUUUAUUCCCUAUAUUAUGCAGCUUAAGGGUGGUCCUUUUUUAAUUUACAUGCAUUUAUCUCAAAUGAGAAGAAAAAAUAAGUAAUUCUUUGGCCUUGUAUAAGAAUUUAAACAUGAAGAGUGUUCUGUUACACUUUAAUGACUGCCAUAGAACGUAAUAUUUGAACACGCGAGUUUUAUUUUCCAUUGGCAAGCUUUGAUUAGAUUAGGUCUUCAUGUACUAUUUCAAGUUGUGAUUACAUAAUAGUGAUAUUUCAGAAAAUAUACAGGCCUUGUUCUACAGGACUUCCGCCAUCUGUGCCCUAGUAAUUUGAGUACUUGAACCAAAGUUUACUUCCAUGGGACAACCCUUCCUCAGUUAUAAUAUUCAUUUACCUAUAGAGCGGUUGGUUUGGAUAUUAUUUGGGAACCUUACUGUGCCCUUGGAAACAAACUUAACUGCUGUGUUUUCAUGUUUAUAUUUUUGGAGCAUUCAUAGUAAGAGAUUUUCUUUUCAAGCCUGUAGUUUACAGGAGAACAAAGGUGAAGCAGACUUAUUUAAACCUCAGAAGUGAUUUGAAAUUAAAUUUCCUUUCAUUAAAUGGAACUGUGAUCUAACUGUGACCAAGCCUCAGUUGAAGAGGGUAGGUUACUUAGCACUUAACUCCCAAGAUUGUUCAGAGUACUAGUUCAAACUAUUUUACAAAGAUAGCCCUAUCAUUAAAUUAUGUAUAAUCACUUGCAUGUAUGUAUCACUUUGAGUACUGCGUAUGAAAAAGUUUAUUAUUCUGUACUUCCUAGGAUAGAAUGUAAUCGUUGCAUGCAAAUGAUUUGUAUCAACUUAGAUUUAAAAGUAACUAAUUGUUUUAUUGAGUCAUUAUGUGUAAAAUUAUUUUGAAAAAUUAACACAAGACUUAAAUUUCAAAACACGUUUGCUUGAUUCUCUGAGAAGUCUUCACCAGUCAGUGUUUUGUUUUCUCAAAAGGCAUGUAAUUAGCUUUGUUAUUGAAAUAAGGCAUCUUGGUCAUAGUAUUUGCUAUUAAAAUUUUUAAAUGGCUCUUGUUAGUGAGGA